GGACGCUGCGCCGCGAUGAAUUUGGUCCCUCUGGAGGCGCCGUCCGGGUGCGGCGCUUGGUCACGUCACGUGACCGAGGCCUGCUGUUGGGACGCGACGGGCUGCCGGGUCCUGGUUAGGGAAACGGUCGGUAGGAUGGAGGCGACUUUGGAGCAGCACUUGGAGGACACAAUGAAGAAUCCGUCCAUUGUUGGAGUCCUGUGUACAGAUUCACAAGGACUUAAUCUGGGUUGCCGUGGGACUCUAUCAGAUGAGCAUGCUGGGGUGAUAUCUGUUCUGGCUCAACAAGCAGCUAAACUGACCUCUGACCCCACUGAUAUUCCUGUGGUGUGUUUAGAAUCAGAUAAUGGGAACAUUAUGAUCCAGAAACAUGAUAGCAUCACGGUGGCAGUACACAAAAUGGCCUCUUAACGUCACCUGUCAGUUCUUCAGCACCCCUUCAUUAAGACUCAGUCCUGUCUGUUAAUUAUCCUAUAAAACUAUUACAGUUCCAUUGGUUAGGCCCAUCAUCUGAUGUGCACUGGGCAUUUUUCUGUUUAUUUUAGAGUAAGUUGUUUUUUAACCAGCCUAUCAGGAUAUUAGUAGGAAAGGAUCAUGUUUUGAGGCAGCAGAUCCAGGUUACUUUGUAUAUAGAAUUUUACAUUCAAUAAAUCUGCGUAGAGGAAAGCUUA